AUGUGCCGAAGCUCGCUCACUACCCGGCUGGGAUCGUUUGCCUUGCUCUGUCCCCCCGUCUGCCUCAGCAGUAGACCUCGGGGUCUCGAGUGGUGCGUUACACAGCUAGAGGAUGGAGGCACUCGGGCUUUGCGAGCCAUCGUGCGCUACGCGACUGAAUUCGGGUCCCACUUUCCGGAUGGGCACAUGCCCAUCCUCUGUGCUCGCAACACCAGCACAGCGCCAGCAGCGACCACGCCCCAUCGCCUCGAGCUCGAACUGACCAAUUGCCAGCUGACCUGUAUGCUAGCUCUGAUGUUUAUUGCUGGUCUCCCCGAGCCCGACGCCACCGAAGCUGCCAUCGGUUGCAAAAUGCCCCCUCUGAACGGCCUUAGCUUUCUGCUUGCCAGCCCAUGUGCCUCUGAUCGGGCCAAGCUUCUGAUGAUAUUGACAUUCUUCGACAACCACCACGCGGCCCCGCCCAUUGGACAACAUCGCGUCUGCCGCCAACCAACCCCAUCACACCUUUUGACGGAGCACGAUUGGGCCCAUCAAACUGCAGAGCUCGGCCAGCUGGAGGUGACCGAUACGGGCUUGAUUGAGGAAGAUCCCACAGCCAUUCAAGUCGACUUUGCCAACUGCUCGUUUGGUGGUGGCGUUUUGUGGGAUGGCAAUGCCCAGGAAGAGUGCCGACUGGCGUCCGCCGCUCUACUUUUGCCUUUCAUCGCAAUCUGUCCCUUCCAAGAACCAGAUGAAGCCUUGCAAUUUUAUGGUGUUCUCACCACAGCCCACGGCAUCGGGUUUGGCAAUAACCUGCGCUUCAAGUCCCGUGCCUUGGCCCCAGCUACUCCGUCGCGCACCAUUCUGGUGGCCAUGGACGCGCUGGAAAUUAUGACGAAUCGUCUUGAUCAAUACGCCACCACCCACCAACUUCGCGAACUACGCAAGGCCUCGGCCGCCUUUGACGUUGCUGCUGACCGACUAGUCGACCCUCAGCGACGCAUCAUUGCCACCGGCAACUGGGGCUGUGGUAUAUUUGGAGGCGAUCGACAACUCAAGGCUUUGCUGCAGUGGAUGGCUGCCAGUGCUCUCAACUAUGACCUCCGCUACCACACUUUUGAUCAGACGGAGAGUGCUUUUGGCCGCGAUUUGCGCGCGCUGGCGCGACACGUCACCUUGCAGCCCACCACAGUGGCGCAACUAUGGCAAGCUUUGCAGACAAGUUUGGAAACAAGCUCAAGAAACCUCCUAGCACGCAUUCUCAAACAUCUCCAACGAAGCGAAUGAGCAGCCAACCAAACAAGUACAAGGGGGCAUUCGACUUGCUUUAAUCAUCAAUUAUCAGC